AUGAAUUAAUAAUAUAUAAACCUAAUAACCAAUUUGUUUAGCUUAUCAUUGUCGCAGCUCCUAUAUAAAUUUCAAGUAUAUCCAGCAGAAUGCUUUCAUCAGAAAUCUGCUGUUGGAUUAACCCUUUGGAGUUUAAAGUAGUCAUUGUUGAGUGAAUAUGUAGACAAAUUGAUUCAACAAUUGCAAGAUCUAAUAUCCAUAUUAGAAGGCAUUGAAAUAUAAAUUAAAUAAGAUAACAAGGUUCUUACUACUUAUACAAUGAACAUAGUUUUUAAUUAAGAAAAUAAUGAAUAAUUCUCUCAAUUCGACUCAGAUAUUUAACUCAAGACUUUGAUUUACACUUUGAAUUAAAGGCUAAAAACAUUGAAAGUAGAUGAUAAACCAAAGACCUUUUGUGUUAAUUUUUUAACUAAUGGCGCCGAAACUCAAAAUAAAGGAGUUUAAGAAACAUUGCUAUAAAAUUGGAUACUCCUCAAAGAAUCAAAAAAAAGAGAGACUCAAUUAGUGAACUCACUUCAUAUGCCAAAUUUAGAUAUCUUGGUUGGAUUGAUUUGA